AUGGUGGAUAAAAUUCCUACAUUACAAUUAAGUAGUGGUUUCCAAAUACCUGUAAUUGGUUUUGGAACAUACGCUCGCAAAACGGAAGUGGGAACAUGUCAACAAGCCGUGGAAUGGGCUUUGGACGCCGGCUACAGGCACAUAGACACUGCUUCCUGUUAUGGCAACGAGCAAGAAAUUGGAGAAGCAAUAGAAAAUAAAAUUGGGCAGGGCACAGUUAAAAGAGAGGACCUAUUUAUUACCACUAAGCUAUGGAAUGACAAACAUGCAGAAAAAGAUGUUAUACCAGCUCUCAAAGAGUCACUUGAAAGGCUUAAGUUAGAUUACGUUGAUCUAUAUCUCAUUCAUUGGCCAGUGUCGAUUUCUGCCACGGGUCAAGAUGAGGGCAUUGACUACACGGAAACAUGGCGAGGAAUGGAGAAAGCAGUUGAACUUGGUCUUGCUCGUUCCAUUGGCGUGUCAAACUUUAAUGAGCAGCAAUUGGGGCGUUUGCUGGAAUACGCGGAAAUAAAACCGGCCGUCAACCAAUUUGAGAUAAACCCCACUUUCACGGCAGUGGAUUGGGUGAACUAUUGUAAGGAAAAGUCCGUAUUGCCCGUGGCUUACACACCGCUUGGUCUCAUCUCGGAAGCCCGUCCCGAAUUUAAAGGCAAGGACGUAAUAAAGACCGAUCCGAAGCUGGGGGAGAUCGCCAAGAAAUACGGCAAGUCGCGCGCACAAAUCGCCCUACGUUAUCUGAUCCAACGCGGCAUACCCGUCUUGCCGAAAUCGUUUACAAAAUCGAGAAUCGAGGAGAACCUGAAAUUGUUUGAUUUCGAGUUGGAAGAUAAGGAAAUGGACGUGGUGGCGGGUUACAACAUCAACCAUAGAUGUAUUCCAGGCCUCAUAUAUAAGAAUUGUAAAAACUUUCCGUUU